UGAACUCACUCAGAUUCUGAUUCUCUCUCUCUCUCUGAGAGACACACACUCAUCACUUCUCACUUCUAACUUGUAACAAUGUCAGUCUACGACGCAGCAUUCGUAGAAACACAGCUCUCAAAACGCACUUCCAUCUUCGGCCUCCGUCUAUGGGUUCUCAUCGGAAUCCUCGUCGGCGCUCUCAUCGUCUUCUCCCUCUUCCUCCUUUCUCUCUGCUUCACCUCCCGCCGCAACCGCCGCCACCGCCGCAACCACAAGCCUCUCACUCCUCUCGUCUCCAAGGAAAUCCAGGAAAUCAUUUCCACUCCUCCCAAUCCUCAACCGCAUGAACUCCACCUCGACAUCGGAAAAGCUGCGGCGGCGGAGCAGCACCGCAGGGUGGUGUAUGCUGUGGCGUUCUCAAGCGGAGAAAGCAAAGGCGGCGGCGGCGGCGGCGGAGGAGGAGGAGGAGGAGGAGGAGGAGGAAGCGUGUGCGAAACGACGUCGUCGUUUGGGAGUGGAAGCGUAUCGGCGGGACCAGAGGUUUCGCAUCUUGGUUGGGGGAAGUGGUUUACGCUGAGGGAAAUGGAGGAUGCGACUGGAGGAAUGUGCGAGGAGAAUGUGAUCGGUGAAGGUGGCUAUGGAAUCGUGUACCGUGGUGUUCUCUCUGAUGGUACCAAUGUUGCUGUUAAGAAUCUCUUGAAUAACAAGGGACAAGCUGAGAGAGAAUUUAGGGUAGAGGUAGAAGCUAUUGGUCGUGUGCGGCACAAGAAUCUUGUUAGAUUGCUUGGAUACUGUGUUGAGGGCGCAUACAGGAUGCUUGUGUAUGAAUAUGUUGACAACGGAAAUCUGGACGAGUGGCUGCAUGGGGAUGUUGAUUCUGUAAGCCCUCUGACUUGGGAUAUCCGGAUGAACAUCAUCUUGGGAACGGCAAAAGGAUUGGCUUAUCUUCAUGAGGGGCUCGAACCAAAAGUUGUCCACCGAGACGUGAAAUCAAGCAAUAUACUCCUUGAUCGCCAAUGGAACCCAAAGGUUUCUGACUUUGGGCUCGCUAAGCUUCUGUGUUCUGAUCAUAGCUAUGUCACAACCCGAGUGAUGGGGACAUUUGGUUAUGUUGCACCGGAGUAUGCAUGCACUGGAAUGCUGACUGAGAAGAGUGAUGUUUAUAGCUUUGGGAUACUUAUUAUGGAAAUAAUUACCGGAAGAAGUCCCGUUGAUUAUAGUAAACCCCAAGGAGAGGUUAAUUUAAUUGAGUGGUUGAAAACUAUGGUUGGCAAUAGAAAAUCAGAGGAACUCAUCGAUCCGAACCUUCCUGAAAAGCCGUCUUCAAAGGCUCUUAAGCUUGCUCUGUUGGUUGCUCUUAAAUGUGUUGAUCCUGAUGCCACAAAGAGACCUAAAAUCGGACACAUAAUCCACAUGCUUGAGGCCGACGACAUUCUAUUCCGUGAUGAACGGAGGACCGGAGGAGAAUCGUCGCGAUCCCAUCGCAAUUAUCAUCAUCAUCAUGGGCAAAAGGACUCUAGCAGAGAUAGAAAGCGAAUAGGUGGAGAGAUCACUGAUCAAAGUGAAGAUGAUAGUAGUAGUAAAAUCUUGCCCAUCCCACUAGAUUGAGAUGAUAGUUGUUAAAUGGUAAAUGUAGCUAUGUAUUUAUUAUUUUUGGUUUUAGUAGUUUGCCUAUAUUAAUUUCUACCUCAAUCUGGACAACAUGCAAUGAGUGUAUUUUUUGCUGCAUAAUUUCCUCUCCCACCACAAUUUAGGAUUCAUUGUAUACUCAUAUUCAUUAUUACUAAAAAUCAAAAUUUUGAUGUCCUUCUGCUUUAUAAGACAAAAGUAGCUCAA